ACCUACCAUGCUGCCUAGCCAGUUAGCUGCGGAGGCAGGUCCAGCUGAGAGGGAGUAACGACAGGGCAGCAGAGCAGAUGGGGGACAGGGUUCACAUUAAAAUGUGCUGGAGCCGGGCUCUUCUCACCGGCUGGGUUCUGCUGCUGGUGCAGCUUCAGUACCUGCAGGCUGUUCCCAUCGGCAUCGACAAGACAAAAGUAAAAGAGACAGAGAAGAAGCCUGAUGAGCCACCAGCCAGUGUGGACACUGGACUCCACUAUGACCGCUAUCUCAGGGAAGUAAUUGAUUUUCUUGAGAAAGAUCAGCAUUUCAGAGAAAAGCUGCACAAUACAGACAUGGAGGACAUUAAGCAAGGUAAGCUGGCUCAAGAACUGGACUUUGUCAGCCAUCAUGUCAGAACAAAACUAGACGAAUUGAAAAGGCAGGAAGUAAACCGACUGCGGACUCUGAUUAAAGCCAAGCAUGAUCUGGAAGGAGGAAAUGACAUAGCUGUGGACCACCAGGCUCUCCUAAAGCAGUUUGAGCACCUGAACCACAUGAACCCACACACCUUUGAAGUUGAGGAUCUGGAUCGGCUCAUUAAAUCGGCAACGAAUGAUCUGGAAAACUUCGACAAAGAGAGGCACGAGGAGUUCAAGAGGUAUGAGAUGAUGAAGGAGCACGACAGGCGGGAGCACCUGAAAACUCUGGAUGAGGAGCAGAGAAAGAAAGAGGAGGAGCACUACGAGGAGAUGAAGAAGAAGCAUGCGGAUCACCCUAAAGUCAACCACCCAGGCAGCCAAAAUCAACUAAAAGAGGUUUGGGAGGAAGCUGAUGGAUUAGACCCAGAGGACUUUGAUCCAAAGACCUUUUUCAACCUGCAUGAUACUAAUGGAGAUGGUUUCUUCGAUGAACAAGAGCUUGAAGCAUUGUUCACCAAGGAGCUGGAAAAAAUCUAUGACCCCACCAAUGAAGAGGAUGAUAUGGUGGAGAUGGAAGAGGAGAGGCUGCGGAUGAGAGAGCAUGUUAUGAACGAGGUGGAUUCCAACAAAGACAGGUUGGUGUCUUUAGAUGAGUUUCUGGUUGCUACAAAGAAAAAGGAAUUCCUGGAACCAGAUAGCUGGGAGACUCUGGAGCAGAAUCAGGCCUACACAGAUGAGGAGAUGAGAGAGUUCGAGGAGCAUCUGGCUCAGCAAGAACAGGACCUCAAUCAGAGGACCGUUGAUCUUCAAAAACAGAGAGAGGAGCUGGAGCGACAGCAGGAGCAGCUGAAUGCACAGAAAGUUGAACUCCAGCAGGCUGUUGAACAUAUGGAACGACUGAAGUCAGAGAAAGUCGAGCUUCCUCCAGAGGUUCACGUCGAAGGAAACGCCGACCCUGAGGUCCACGCAGCUGACAACCAGCUGCAUCCUGAUCAAGAAGCCCACCCGCCAGGACAUCAAGAGAUACCCCAGCACCAUCAGGAUACGCCACAAGAGCACCUUGAGCAACACAAUCAAGACUUACCUCAGCAAGGACAACCCCAGGCUCAUCACGACGGACUGCCAAACCAGCAGAAUGUUGCACAAGGCCAGCAUAACCUGGCAUAACGGCGUCAAAACAAAACAAAAAAAACAAAAAAUCAACACCGGACUUUCGCUGUACUUAACUCGUACUUAGAGAGGAGCGAUGUCCCUCAAUCCUAAGACCACUUUAACAGGUACAACCAGCAUUUUAGGUUUUUAAAUACUAUAUGAAGAUUGGCACAUAUCAGACCCGUUAUCCCCGAUACACGUUUUAUAGCAGCAAUCUUCAGAUCAUAUGAACAGAACUGAAAAUGACCCACCACUAACCUGUAUUGAUAAUUAUUUUAGAGAAGUGCAAAGAAAUAAGAAGAAUAUUUACCAUCCACAUAGAACAGUGUUUAAGUCUCUUCUGUGGCUUUGGCAUGCAGAGUUUCUUGGAUUUGUGCAGUAACGGUUUUAAAGAGCUUUAAGAUGUAAAAA